AUGAACAAGUUGUGGGGCGGAAUUCCAACGUCGAUUCAGAAUCUGAAAAAUCUUGAAACCAUUCAGCUUGAGAAUAACAAUGGCUUGUCAGGUGAGAUUCCCACAGCUUGGCUGUUUGGUCUUGAGAAGCUGAAGGUACUGCGGCUCGGAGGAAACAAGCUCCAAUGGAACAACAAUGGUUAUGUCUUUCCACAGUUUAAGUUAACUGAUCUGUCACUUAGAUCUUGUGGCUUAAAAGGGAAUAUUCCGGAUUGGCUCAAGAAUCAAACAACUCUUGUUUACUUGGAUUUGAGCAUUAACAGACUCGAAGGAAGUUUCCCGAAAUGGCUAGCUGAUUUGACAAUCCAAUUCAUAAUUUUAUCAGACAACAGACUCUCAGGCUCACUGCCUCCAAAUUUGUUUCAGUCUCCGAGCUUAUCCUAUCUUGUACUAUCAAGGAACAACUUUUCUGGUCAGAUCCCUGAAAAGAUUGUCAUAUCACUGGUCAUGGUACUCAUGCUGUCUGAAAACAACUUCUCAGGAUCAGUACCAAAGUCUAUUACAAAGAUCUUUUUGCUGGAGUUGUUGGACUUGUCAAAAAAUAGAUUAUCAGGUGAAUUCCCGAGGUUCCAUCCUGAGUCAAACCUUGUGUGGCUCGAUAUAUCUUCCAACGAGUUCUCCGGGGAUGUUCCAGCUUACUUUGGGGGAUCCAUCAGUAUGCUAUUAAUGAGUCAGAACAACUUCAGCGGCGAAUUUCCUCAGAACUUCAGAAAUCUCUCACGUCUGAUCCGUCUUGAUCUCCAUGACAACAAAAUCUCUGGAGAAUUUGCGAGUUUAACCUCCCGAUUAUCUUCUUCUCUAGAGGUUCUUAGCCUGAGAAACAAUUCCCUCAAAGGUUCAAUCCCAGAAGGCAUAUCAAAUCUCACAAGCCUCCAGGUCUUGGAUCUCUCUCAGAACAAUCUUGAUGGGUAUCUCCCUUCGUCUCUUGGGAAUCUUACAUCCAUGAUAAAAUCUCCUGAGAGCUCAUCUUCGGCUAAGCGACCCUUUUACAGCUUCAAUACCGACUUAGAAACAUUAAUCAAGAUCAAAUCACAAGAUAUAUUUAGUCUUGUAGUGAACUGGAAGAAUUCAAAACAAGUUCUUUUCGACAGAAACUUCUACCUCUACACUCUCUUAGAUCUCUCCAAGAACAAGCUACACGGAGAAAUCCCAACUUCUUUAGGCAAUCUCAAAAGACUAAAGGUUUUAAACGUUUCCAACAACGAGUUCUCUGGAUUGAUCCCACAAAGUUUUGGAGAUCUUGAGAAGGUAGAGAGCUUAGACCUUUCACACAACAACCUCACAGGCGAAAUCCCGAAAACGUUAUCCAAGCUAAGCGAGCUGAAUACUUUGGAUUUGAGUAACAACAAGCUUACAGGUAGAAUCCCUGUAAGUCCUCAACUAGACAGAUUGAACAAUCCAAACAUUUACGCGAACAACAGCGGAAUCUGUGGAAUGCAAAUCCAAGUACCAUGCUCUCCUACACAGACCAAGCAGCCAGCUGAGGAAAAAGAAGAAGAAGAAGAAGAAGACAAAGAAGAGGAAACAAUGUUUUCAUGGAAAGCUGCAGUCAUAGGUUGUUCUUGUGGAUUUCUUAUAGCAGUUGUAUUCAUGUCAUACAAUGGGAUAUGGAAGUAA